AUGGGAACCAUGACGGGUAGCAACAACUUGCAGUCACUCAAGUACAGCAGCGGCGAUAAGCCGACCUUGGCUGUGUUGGAUCAACUGUUGAUCCCUCAUGAGAAGAAAUACAUUGACAUUCCCGAUGUGGAGGCAGCAUGGGGCGUCAUUCGUUCGAUGCAAAUCCGAGGCGCCCCGUUGAUUGCCAUUGUGGCACUGUUGGGUCUCGCUGUGGAUCUCAAUUCAAAUGCCAAGACAAUUGGCGAGUUGGAUGCUAUUAAAGAUGAUGGGGAUGCCUUGAUGAAAUUCAUUGAAACCAAGUUGGAUUAUCUGUCCACUUCUCGUCCCACAGCCGUCAAUCUAUUCAAUGCAAUUGCCGAAUUGAAAGGUGUGCUUCAGAAUGCCAAAGCCAAAUUUAAUGGAGAAGGUACCAUUCGCGGUUGCCUUUGCAAAGCCGUCGUCCAGCACACGGAAUUCAUGCUGGAGCGAGAUGUACAGGACAAUAGGCAUAUUGGAAAAUUUGGAGCCGAGGAAAUUUUGAAAGGAAAAGAAGGAAAAGUCACCAUUAUGACAAUCUGCAAUACUGGAAGUUUGGCCACUGCGGGAUAUGGAACUGCUCUAGGAGUGGCCAGGGCUCUGCAGGAGAUGGAUAAACUGGAAAGCAUCAUUGCAUUGGAGACCAGACCGUACAAUCAAGGAUCACGAUUGACAGCUUUUGAAAUUGUGGAAGAAAAGAUGCCCGGUGGAACUCUGAUUUGUGAUUCCGCAGCAGGGGCCAUGAUGAGGACCAAGAAGAUUGAUGCAGUCGUGGUGGGCGCGGAUCGAUGCUGUGCCAAUGGAGAUACUGCCAAUAAGAUUGGCACUUACAAUGUGUCAGUGGUAGCUGCUGGACACGGUGUUCCCGUGUACGUGGCAUCACCCUUUACGACAUUGGAUGUGUCACUGACCAACGGCGAUGGGAUCACCAUUGAGGAACGGCCUAGCAAUGAGUUGAUCUCCUCCGCCAAAGCUCCACCAUCCAUUAAUUGUUGGAAUCCAGCCUUUGAUGUCACUCCCGCCAAGUUCAUUGCUGGGAUCAUUACCGAAAAGGGUGUCAUUUUGCCCGAAGCAGACGGAUCUUUCGAUGUGCCAGCGUUUGUGUAA